AUGGGAGAAGUGGAGCUGCCUGUUUCUUUAGGGGAAGACCCUUGUCGAAUCACAAAACUAAUCAAGUUCCUCGUCGUCGACAGGCCAUCACCCUACAACAUCAUUCUGGGGAGGCCAGCAAUCCACACAUUCAAGUCAGUGCCUUCCUCCUACCAUCAGAAGUGGAAGUUCCCUACUCCCUAUGGAAUGGGAGAAGUGCUUGGAGAUAGACGUCUCGCUCGAGAGUGCUAUGCAAGGGCCCUACGAGAACCUUCGAAGAAGCUUAAACCACCCGGAAGGGGAGACGACACCCAAAAAUCCGACAAACGGAAGUGGGUCAACGCGAUCAUUGAGGAUAAUAAAGAAAUCCUCAUCAGUGUGCCAGAUGAUAGCAUCAAGCUAGCAGCUGUAGCCCUACAUUGGCUCAACGUCGACAAGCGGUUGAAGCCGGUCAAACAGAGGAAACGGACAUUUGGUCCCGAACGCAACAAGCAUAUCAAAGCGGAAGUGGCAAAACUCCUUGAAGCAGGUCACAUACGACCAGUUCAGUAUUUAGAAUGGUUGUCGAACGUGGUACUCGUUCCCAAACCCGGGGGAAAGUGGAGGUUAUGCGUGGAUUUCACUGACCUCAACAAAGCUUGUCCCAAGGACCCAUUUCCUCUACCCAGAAUCGAUCAGCUCAUCGAUUCGACCUCGGGGUGCGAACUCCUCAGCUUCCUCGAUGCAUCCAAGGGUACAACCAGAUCUUACUUGCGCCAGAGGAUCAAGAGAGGGCUAGUUUCAUCACUGACCAAGGCAUAUACCGCUAUCAAGUCAUGCCCUUCGGUUUAA